CCCUGACCAGCUUACCAACAGGAAACCUCAGCAGCAUAUUUAUAAACUCCUGGACAGAAACGAAGUAGCUCACUCCACUCAGCUUCAACUUACGUUUACACUGAAAACGCAACAAAAACAGUUUUUGUUCAAAUUUUUGUAGCUGACAAGGUUCUCCACUAAAAUGGGGUGGAAGAAAGUGGUGUGGAUGAUAAUCAACACGUUCAUCAUUUUUCCUUCAUCCAACUAUGGUCAAAAGGACAAGAUUGGUCGAGCCUGUUACAAGGACCCUGGACAAAAUUCUAUCUAUGACUACGCUGUACCUGACAUAUUGCAGGAAAAAAACAUCAGCUUUUCUGAUUUCAGGGGCAAGGUAGUGUUAGUCGUCAAUUUGGCUACCUACUGAGGGCUUAACUGGCACUAUCCACAACUGAAUGCACUAAAAGAAAUGUUUGGCAAUGAACAGUUUGAAAUAUUAGGAUUUCCUUGCAAUCAAUUUGGAUUGCAAGAACCAGGGGCUAAUGGCACGGAAAUUAUCAACGGUCUGAAAGGAGUUCGUCCAGGGAACGGCUUCACUCCGAACUUUGUGAUGUUCAACAAAAUAGAAGUGAAUGGUGAAAAUCAGCAUCCUCUCUACGCAUAUCUAAAGACGUUUUGUCCAUCUCCUUUGGCUGGCUUUCGUCGCCAAGAAAGAUUGUUUUAUACGCCUUUUCACAAUCGUGACAUCCGCUGGAACUUCGAAAAGUUCUUGGUGAACAAGAAUGGCAAGCCUUUGAUGCGUUAUAACCCGGCAACUCGACCACUGAACAUCGCAUCGGAUAUCCGAAGCGUACUGGAGCAUGGAUCUGUAUUACGUCCUAUUGGCCCCGAUGGAUUACCAAACCCCUUGUCCCAUAAACUAACCUUAUCCUUAGAUCCUUAUCCUGUUUUCGUCGGCUCCUGGCCCUUGAGUAACUCAUCUCAAACUAAAAAAGAAUGUGGCUGCUAACUCAUUAUAUGUAUUUAUAUCAAAAGUUAUGAAAUGUUUCUUUAGAUGUUUUAUUAUUACACGCUUUUAAAGAUUAAAAGAUGCUUUAGAACUAACUAUUAAACAAAAUUAUGUAAUGGGACAAAACGUUUAAGUUUUUUUUUAUCAAUAAACAAUAUCGAUUUACUGCUUACAUAAGCCACUAGAAAUUUCUAACUCAAAAAUUGGGGAAUGUCGUUUGGUUAAGUGUGAAAAUUUAAAGUUUUGACCAGCUUUAAUUUGCCCACUGUUGGGUAAAUUUAAAUAUGUUUGUUCUUGUUGUCAAGUUAUUUUAGUUGAAAACGCUUCAUAUCUUUACAGAUUGACCGUCAACCAUAAUAGACAAUACACGUUAUAAUGAACCCUGGACAUCUUACAUCGUGCAUGGUCAAUUAUUGAAUAUUAAUUCCUUCUAAAACUUGCCAUAAAGCAUUUAUAAUGUAUUUGAAUUUGUUCAUGACCCUAAAAUGUUUUCUAUAAGGCAUUCUUAUGAUAAGUUGCUUGUAAUUUCAAACUACAGAUGAUAUUAACUGAUGGUGUAAAUUGCUAAUCACACCCAAUCUUUGUUUGUUUCUUCAGGUGUAAUUUUUGCACCAUUAACUUUCAUGUUAUAUUCAGAAAUAAUGUAAUUGUUUUAAGUUUCUCCUACGUAUGAAGAACUAACCAUAAACUGUUACAAACAGUUGGUUGGUUUGGAUGUCAACUCCUGAUGCUUUCUUGGUGUUUAGUGCAUUCAUCCAAGUAGCACCAGAGUGAGCAGGAGACCUUUAUAUUCUUUUAUGUAGUGUUAGUUACUGACAUAAACAAAUAUAUAAAUAAAAAGCUUUAUGUUAAUAAAA